CUUAUCGAUAGGAGACUUUUGACCUCGUACAAACACGAAAAGCACGAAGACCUUUGGCACCGAUCUUCUCCCCCUAAGUAUGCACGUUAUUGGACGACGACGACUUCCAUUCGAACUGCGGACAUGGUCGUGGCAGGAAGCACUUAUUUAACCGAUACUACCGUGUGUAUUCGCGUAUACGUUUAAUCAAGCAAGCCCUGUGCAAGAGCAUAGCUUUGCACCCCACAGUCAGUCCUCGCUUUGACUUUUCCGCUCUUCGAACUCACCAGUCUCUUCCCGGCUUAACGUGCACUAGUAGCGUGCAGUGAUCCAGCAAAAUCAUCUAUAAAAAGAAAAAAGAAAAAAAAAAAAAAAGAAUAACAAAGUUCGUUAUUAUCAGGAUAAAUUAUCCGAAAUAACGAUGUUGCGUUUCAAACCGAUCGAUCUUUUAUCGUGUGAUUUAAAGGAGAAAAAAUCUUGAAAAUCGAUUGUUAAAAUUUUCUUGACAAUUCGAGCUUGCCUGUUGCAAUUUUAUUAGCAAACGAGCACGUUCGAUAGUAACGCUGCAAUUUUAUGAUUAAGAAUACGACGUUGUGCCGAUUGCAAACGUAAAGGGAUAAGUGUGCAUAUGGGGGAAUGAAGAGGACAGUUAUAAUACAAAGACAGUGACCUUGGUAAUCGACGAUAGUAAGAGAGAAAGAGAAAGAAAGAGAGAGAGAGAGAGAGAGAGAGAGAGAGAGACGGAGAGGGGGAGAAAAAAGGAUAAGAUGUUGCACGAUCGGAGAGUCUUCUUUUGGAGGGUGAUAUUUUUUACCCUUUUGUGCGCUCUCGUAAAAAUUGUGCAAGGAGAGAUUAUCAAAGAUCCAACAUUAUGUAGCCGCACGAGAUGCAAAGUACCGUACGAACGUAAGUUCAAGUACGAAGAAGGUGUCUCCUAUCAGUAUCAAUAUUCUGUGGACGUAAGCACGAAUCUCGGUAAAGUUGAAACGUCAUCAUCGAGUGGAGAAGAAUCGAAAAAUGAAACCAAGUUGAACAUAGAUGCCUCGUUGUUCGUUUAUUUCACUUCACCUUGCGAGGGUAUCCUGAAAUUUCAGAACGUCAGCAUAAGUCACGAUCGCAAACGCUACAAUGCCGAAUUUCCUGAUCGUGCUGGGGCAGAAUUCAAAGCUAACUUGGAGCGUUUUUCUCUGAGAUUUGCCUUUGAAGAUGGUCGAAUAAAUGAAGUCUGUCCGGACCGUCGUGAAACAGUCUGGACGUUGAAUUUGAAACGUGGUGCCCUUUCCAUGCUACAAAACACUAUGAAAAGAUUCGACAUUGAUCAUCGAGUCGACGAACUCGAUAUUAAUGGAAUAUGCGAGACAAAUUAUCGGCUUUACGAAGCAAGAAAGACUCAAUUGAUUAUCAAAAAGACGAAGAACCUAGCCGAUUGUCAAUUCAGCGGGAAACAUCUUUCUGUAUUGCAAUCUAAUUCUUAUAAAAAUCCUCGAUCGGCUAUGAAAACACCUAAGCGAUCUUUGUUGAAAUCCACUAAUGAAUGCGAAAUAACGAUCGAUCAUAACGUAUAUGAAAGAGUUGUCUGUAAAGAUACUUAUCAGCUUCGGCCACUAUCGAACGAUAAUAAUGUCGGUGCUAGAACAGAAAGUAUCGCUGUUCUUCAGCUCAUAGAGGAAGUUAAAGAAGAAUUUUACGAUAAAGAAGAAUCGAAGGAAGAUGACGAAUAUACUGACAAGAGUAUUGCGAUUAGAACCAAUUUACUUUACGAUCACGAGAAGGUUUCUAAGACGAUACACGGAGAGUUAAGAACAUCCAGAGAUUUCUUAAAAAUUUUAUGUAGAAACGGAGUAAAUUUGGACGAAAUUCAGCAGAGAUUUUCCGAAACGUUCAUCGCGUUCGUUCAGUCGGCUCGUCUUCUUGAUUAUCCUUAUUUGUCGCAACUAUUUGCUAGAGCAAAUGGGAUUUGUAAAACUGGCAAGAAACAUAUAAUCGAUGCGCUACCAUAUAUGGGAAGUAACGCUGCAGUGAACGUUAUGAAAGAUUUGAUAAUAAAGAAAUAUAUCAAUCAAGAAACUACAGCUAAUUGGAUCACGAUAUUUGGCUUAAUUCCUCGACCAAAUUAUGGAACUAUCCGAGCACUUGCACCUCUCUUAGAUUUUCAACAUAAGAUACCUAAUACUCAGUUUGUUUUAAGUUACUCAUCCGUUAUUCAUACGUUUUGCAAGUCAACUACUGCAGAUUGUAGUCGGCUCGAGGAUAUUACAAAAUUUCUCUCUUAUCUCGAACAAAAGAUCAACAAGGGUUGUGCUCUUCGCUAUCAUUCGCUUGUAGAGGUUAAAGAAACAUUGGAAGCUCUGAAAGCCAUAGAAAAUAUGGGGUUGAAAACCGAUGAGUUGUUGGAAGAAUUAAAAGUUUGUAUAGAUAACGUGGGUGGUUUCGUAACGAUGGAAGUUCGUGUUGCGGCAAUAAAUGCACAUCGUAGGUUGCCAUCCUGCGAAGAUACUCGAGAUCGGUACUUUCUGGAUUAUUAUCGAAACUUUACACUUGACUCAGAAAUACGUAUAGCAUCGUAUUUACAAGUAAUGCGUUGUCCUGAUUACAACGUCAUAAAGACCAUUAAGCAUGCUCUUAAGGUUGAAGAAGUCAAUCAAGUCGGUUCCUUUGUAUGGAGUCAUUUAAACAAUCUCUAUACUUCGUCGUCACCAACACAAGUAGAAAUACAGAGUCUCUUGACCGAUAGAGAUCUUGGAACUAAAUUUAACAGCGAUAUUAGGAAAUUCUCACGGAAUUAUGAAGGCUCCUUUUUCUCCGAAGAAUAUAAUUUUGGAGCUAAUCAUCAGAGUAAUUUGAUCUUUUCUCCGAAAUCAUAUAUACCACGUACUGCGAGUUUUAACAUGACCAUAGAUUUACUCGGAGAAUCUAUAAAUUUAUUCGAAGUUUCAAUGAGAAUGGAAGGCCUCGAAUAUUACGCUGAAAAUCUUUUUGGACCCGAUGGACCGUAUAGCAAUGAAAAAGUCUCUAAUCAUUUCAGAAACUUAAUCAGGAAUUUCAGAUCCGCGCCUGAAAGCGAGGAUCAAUGGUCGCGCGUUAAAAAAUUACCUAAUAUCAUUGAUAAUAAUUUCGACGAUCCAAAAAUUAGUUUAGGUUAUAAGAUUUUUGGAAAUGAACUAAAAUAUACAAUGUUAAACGGUGACAAGGAAAUCAAAGAAGCUUUAGCUAAUUUAAAUCCGUGGGAAAAAGUGAAAAAAAUUCUAUCGGCUCAAGAAAUUUAUUACGAUAAUACAGUGAUGUUCCUUGAUUCAACGUACGUGGUACCAACGACGUCAGGUUUGCCUAUACGUUUAGAUCUUGCUGGCUCAGCCGCUUGCAAAUUUAAAUUGGCUGGUUUUUUAAACGUUAGCCGUUCGAUGAAUACCGAAUUAGAACUUGUAGGAAACUUUACCCCCAGUGUAAGCGUGGAUAUUGUAGGCACUAUGAUGGUCGAUGCAUUUUAUAAAACUGCUGGAAUUAAAUUGCGUACGAAUAUGUACUCGUCCGGAGCUGUUCAAAUUCGUUUUAAUGUCGAGGGAGUACGUUUGGUACAGUUGAAUCUUGGCCUACCAAACCACAAAAUGGAAAUUUUCUCCAUCAUUACGCACGUUUUCUUGUUAGAAACGAAUGGAGCAGAGACCGAGGAAACGCAACUAGGUGUUCUAAUAACUGAUCGACAAUCUAAUUCAUCAAAGGAAUUAACAAUACCAGGAAAAAUCAUUAGCAACACGACUUGUACUUGGCAAACGCUCGAUCGGCUUAUCGGUCUUAAAAUGUGCGUUGAUUAUCAGUUUCCCAAUGUAACGAAAAAUCCUAAUGCAUCGUAUUUCCUUUUAAAUGGUCCAACUCUUUUCAAAGUUUCGGUCAUCAAGGCUGAUCCCACCGCUAAGACUUAUUUGUUGGAAUACAAAUGGGUACGGACGGAGAAACAAAGCGUAUUUAAAGUGGCAUUUGAUACACCUGGAUCACAAAUGAAGAGAGAAUUGAGUGCUACGGUAUCGUUCGAUUUAAAAAGUCAUAAUGUCACUGUUUUAUUACAUUCGGUUGGAAAUUCUUUGAUAGCAAAAGGUACGUAUAAGAAGACGGAAAAUGAAACAUUUAUAGAAAUUGGUUUCGAUAUAAAUGGAACUAAUCAUUUGGAUGCUAGCAUUGGAUAUACAAAAAAAAAGUUCGCAUAUGGAUACACAUACACUCCAAAAUUCUACCUAGAUAUCAACAGUGAACGAGUAGUAGCCGUUUCAGGUACGAUAAGGAACGUACAGAAGAACAAUUUGUCUCAGUGCGACAUCGAUUUGACUUUUCAAACGAAAAAAGUCUGGAGCAAAUUAGUAGGCUACAUUGUGAAGAGAAAUGUUAGUUUAGCUGGUGAUUUCCAAUUGGAUUAUCAGCUUCAAAAAAUGCCAAAAAAGGAAACGUUGCAUUUAGAAAUUACGUUAGCUAAUCGAUCUUCGAAAAACUUGGCACAUAAAUCAGCGGAUUUGAAGUUACAUUCUACCGCAUAUCCACAAUUGAACACGGUGAUAACAGCGUGGUAUCAACAAGCUCUAGGACACUUGGAGUUACACGCCGAAGUUAAUUCGAGCCCUCAUCUUCAAGAUGAAAGACAUAAACUUACUGCACAGUUAGUGAUAUCUUAUUCAAAAAUGUAUUUUCAAAAUCAAGGAACGAAAGUCAGUGCACUCAUUGCUAUUACGAAACCUAUACAAAAUCUUGAUAUUAAAGUAGGAGUGAAUCAUUACGUUAUUGGGAUAGAAUCAAAGACCAGUCUUCUUAUAGGAUACGCUCCAGGGAAAGAAAUUCAUUUAAUAGUGAGUACGAGAAUGCCACGAGGAUUGAUGUUCGCUGUGGAAGCUCAUGCUAAUCUAACGAUUCCUAAUUUCAAUUCAAUGAUAAUAAACGCUCGAAUAACAGAAAGAUCAAGACGAGAAUAUGAAUUGGAUUUCGCAGGAACUUGGUUUUCUGGUCAUAAUAUAACUGCCCGUGGAACUUAUACAGAUCAAUCAGGAUCUGCUUCGAUAAGUCAUAAUCUAAAACUUAUCUUAAGAUCACCCAGUUUUGCUAAUGAUAUUAUUCUUAAUUGUAAACUGUAUCACAAUACCAAUGAUAUGAGAAUUAGCAUCUAUGUAGAACAGCAAGACAUGAACAAAUAUGCAUUUAUUCUCAAUUAUACGAUAUUAUCGCUUACGAAACUGUUGGUAUACAUUGAAGGUAGAUAUAAAAGUAACGUAUAUUCUAUUCUAAGUAAUAUUGAUACCGAACGAGAAAUCAGGAUAGAAAUGCAUCUUGAUAAAUGGCGAGAUGUUCAUUUGACGUUAACCGGUAUCAACGAAGAAGAUAAAAAAGAAUACGGUAUCGAGCUUAAAUGGGAUGCCAACAGAGAUCCUGCAUUAAAGUUCGCAUCGAUUUUGCAACUCAAUAAAUUGAAUGUACCAGCUUUAUCGUCCGAUAACGUACCUGGAAAAAAUUUGACUGCAGCUGUAACUUUAACUUAUCCCGGUAGACUUAUUACUGGUUCAUGUCUGUUAGCUGUGCGAGGUCAAUAUAAUUACAUAGCAGACGGAGUAAUUCAAUGGAAUCCAGAAAAAACAAUUCACCUUUCCGUGGACGUUGGUUAUAAUUUCCAAACGUGGAUAAAUUCGCUUAAAUUUGAAUCUCAAUUGCUAACACCUUUUGAUCAAUGGAAGAGAACAGCAUUAAGUGCUAAAUAUUUGCAAAUACAGAGAAAAAUAAUUGCAAGCGGCAGUGCUCAUUGGAAAGAUACGCAACACGUUAUAGGAGAUUUUUACGUUAACGCUGAAGAAUAUGACGGAAUCAGCGAGUGGGUUGGCAAUUGCGGAUUGACGAGUACAAUUCAUUCUAUCAAGUGGAUAACGGUUAACGUUACGCACAAAAUUCUUCAUUCACAGACUGCGGAUACUCGUAUAUUAAUCAAAUACCAUCCGGACAAAGUAAUCGAUGCAUGGAGUAUUUGGCAUUUAGAUAAAGAAUCCGAUACAGUCUUUAAUUUGACUGGAAAUCUACACUUUGAGUUACCCUUAGCGAAUUAUAGAAAAUGCGAUAUAAAGAGUCAACUGCGUUUUAUACCAGAUUGGAAGAUAAUAGGUGCAGCUACCAUGGAUCUUGAUAAACGAAGAUACACUGGAAAUCUACUUGGAGAUCUUCGUCACAUAAAAGAAUCAAUGCUUCAACUUAAUUUAACAACACCGAUAGAGAAAUAUGCUUUCGUUAAGGCGAGAUUUGGUUUGUCGGAAAGUAAUAGACACAUUGUAGCUGAAAUCGUUAAUCCAAACGGUGCUUUGGGUUUUGAAGCUAUCUGUCAAUUAUUUACGGCAUCAUAUGAUUUCAAUGUAAAGCUAUUACUGGCCACACCAAUAGAUAUUCUUCAAAAAUCAUUAUUAGUAGCGAAACUUAAUAAACAGGAAGCUGACUUUAGAAUCGCAUAUAACAAUAUGACAGCCGGAUUUCAGGGUAUUUGGUACUACAAUAAUAUUACAGACUUUCACUAUACCUAUAAACUCUUCACACCUAUUUACGGUCUCCAAGAAAGUGGAGUUACCGCAAAAUUGGUGUUACUUCAUACGGAACCCGAUGAAAAGUUAUUCUUAAAUACAGAAUUUUCUGUAAAUUUGGCGGAAGUUAAACUCGGUGUAUAUGCCAAAGCUGGACCUAAACCACCUCCACUUCGUAUUCCUAUUAAAAUGAAAAUUUUGCCAACAAUAAGCGUUACAAAUAUAAAAGAGGAUUCUUUGACAGAAAAUGAAGAAGAAGAAGAAGAAGAAGAGGAAGAAGAAGAUGACGAAAAUAAUUUUUAUUGGCACGGCGAACUUACAAUUUGGCCUGUUAUAAUGGAGCCUGUAGUGUUAAAAUUGGAUAUCGAUGCAGAAGGAUAUGGUUAUAAAACAAAUGGUUUUUUGAUCAUUCCACCGAGACAGAUUAACUUUGAUGAUUAUUUUUGGAUGGAAGACGUGUUUAAUAUUAAAAAUGAACUUUAUAUAGAUACUCCUUUCAAUGCUGCUCAAGAGAUUACGUCGUCGUAUAUUUUUAAAAUAGAUAUGGAAAAAUCGAUUUAUUUAAUGCAGAUGGAUGUCAAUGUCAAAAAUAAUAUUACAUGGGUGAAGAGUGGACUAAAUGUAAAUUAUACGUACCAAGAAGAAGAGAAUGAUUGGAGAACGCAUACAAUAAAGUUUAAUAUAACGACGCCAUUAAAAUUCUUAAAAUCGAUCGAUACAAAGGCCGUUAUUGAUAUCGAUGAAAAUUUGUAUAAAACAAAUAUUAAUCUUCGUACCGAAGAUAGUAUCAUUGAUUUCUUAGAAUCUGUUGAGGCGGAGGAUGCUUUUAUGGAUGCUAUGCUCAUCAUUCGCGUUGAUAGUCCAGUAUUGGUAAUACCAAAAACUAAGUUAAUGUUAAAGAAAAAUUUCAUCGACAAGAAAAAACAAUUUGAGUUUGGUACUGUGAUAGAUGGUUCUGUGCGAAGAUCUGUAAGUAUAUAUAAAAAGAAACUUAUAACAUUAUAACAAUCUAACAUUUUGAUAUCUAUUUAGUCGAAAAUACAAGCAUAUUGGCUAAUAGAAGAUAGAAACUACGUCAAAGCAUUUGUAUCGUUAGAAACUUGGAUUGAGUUACUAAAAAAAUUGGAAGUCGAUGUAUUAUACGUUAAUACAAUUAAUUCGAACAACACGUUGAAUCUAAACGUAAACUUAACGCACAAUACCAAUCAAGAAUUUAAACUCGUCAGUAAUUACGAUAAAGGUGUCGUCAAAGCUGAUAUAUAUACACCUUUAAUUUCUAAAAAACAUCUACAAUUUCAAGGUGAUGUGAUAAAGAAAAAUGACAGCUUAUAUACUCUAGAGGGAAAACUGAGAAAUCUCGAGGAUUUGAAAGUAUACGAUGUUUUUAUGAAUACGAUUGUACAAAAGAAUACAUUGUCAAGUGUAAGCAUGCAGUUACGACCACAAGGGGAUACUACCAACAUUAAUGAAAUUAAUUUGAAGUUAAUUCGAAAAAAAUACGAAUUGAGUUUUAUUGCUGAUAGUCGGUUUUUCAAUGCUUCCGUCGAUAUGAAUGUAAUUAAUGCUUUGAAUUGGGACGUCAGAGCACAAGGUAGAAACAAACAAAAUAAUACGAAUUAUGAAUUAACGACAUUCAUGAACGUUCAAGUAAAUGGUAAUACUAGCUUAUACGUACAUGGUUCUACACCUUGGAAAGAGAUAGAAAGCUUGACAUUGGACGGAAAUAUAUUUUUGACCAACAACAGUGGCAUGAUUAAAGCGAAUCAUCAUUUAAAUGACGAUCGUUAUUAUGCGACAUUGCAAUGGAAGUUAGUGUAUAUGAUAGAUAUGUUUGGGAAAAUUGUAGCAGGAUACGAAAUAGAUGGUCAUGAUACUAAAGACGUAGAUGCACAGAUAUUCUUCAGAAAUCCCAAACGAUCAUUUCGUAAUUUUGAUACUGGAUUUGAUAUAGAUAUCGAUCACGAACGAUGGAAAUUUGGUAGCAAUGCUAGCAUUGGUUUUCGAAAUCAUGAGAAUAUUGAUGCGGUAUUCAUUGUUAGGCUUCCUCCACCGGAUAACGACAAUCAUCGUUUCUUGUUCAGCUAUCAUGCUAAUAAAGGGGUUCAAGAUAUGUCUUACGUUAUAGGAUAUAAUGCUCUUCAAGCAAAAACUAAUUAUGCAUCUGACGGUUCGCUUCGAGUUGCAUCUCGAGACAUCGACGGACAUUUACGUCUAACCUGGGGAAUGUUACCUAAUCAAACUGCAAAUAAUUUGUUCAAUAUGACCUUUGAUAAGCAAGAAAUAGAACUAAAGUAUUCGCUCUUUUCGCCGAAAUAUCUGCAGGAAGAGACACUUGUAAUUCUAUUCAAUUACGAUGCCAAAUCGGAUCAGUGCAAUCUCAUCGACGUCAAUGUAUUUUUACCUGCGAGGAAACGUAUUGGUACGGCAAGAAUAUCGUAUGAAAAUCUAGCGAAUAUCAAUGGCACUAUCAAUGCUACCACGCCGAUACCAAACUUCUCUUAUGUUGGUUGCAACUUCAUCGUUUUUACGACCUUAAAACAAAAUAAGAGAUUUAUCGAAUUUUUCUGGCCUAAUAAUACUGCUCUUUUAAAUUCAGAUUACUCGUAUCAAAGUGUGAAACUUAAUUCCACCUUAGAUGGUAUCUUCCAAUUAGAGAUUCCUUUAAAUACACGUCAUGUUGGUCACCUAACUUAUGGUUAUAAGAAACAACCUCAGAUUACCAACGGAUAUUCUACAUUGACAUACAAUCAGCAAACAAUAUUCCAGGCAGAUUAUAAUUCAAAGAGUCAAUCUAGAGCAGGUUUCGAAAAAGAUCAUAUCCAAAUAAAAAUAGAGAAUACCUUUAAACCGAUAGGUAUUAUUUAUAUAAAUCAGUAUGAAUAUAGCGGAGGGAACGAGGGAACAAAUUAUCCAACGGUUGAGAUCAAAUACGUGAACAUCUAUCAAUUGAACAACGUGUCGGCAUUUAAUAUUUCUGGUGAAUCUAGAAUCAAGACGAUGCAUACUGGUCAGGAUAUAGAUUUAAAGGCGAUGCAUUCGAAUCGUACGAUUCAGCUAAAGACUAAUUACAAAAUAUUGUCGGGAGAAUUUGAUCAGUAUACUUGGUUGAGUUUAGCAAAGGAUGCUUGGAUAUCGUAUCACGUAAACAUCCUUAAUAAAACUACCGAGGACGUGGACACUCAAUUCUUACUUCUCAAUUUGGUGUAUCCUCAAAGAAAUUUUACGUUCGACGGUUCUUAUAGAAUUACGAGUGAAGAGAUCAAUUCUGAGGCAAAACUAGAAUGGGAUCAAGAUAAGGAACGAGCUCGUACGAUAGGUGUUGGUUUCGAUUGGAAAAACAUCACAUCUACAAAAAUGCUUGCACAACAGCAAGCUGUUCUAAGCUUGAAACAUCCAAGUUUCGCCAAAGAAGUAACUUUCAAGGGUGAACUUUUAAAAAGAAAUAUCAGAGAUUUAUUGAACUUGGCUUUGGUCGUUGACUAUUCUAUAAAUCCGGAUAAACUUUUGGAAUUUUUUAUAAUGAUAAAAGACGAGAGUGAUUUACCAAACGAUAGAAAGUACGUGUACAGUAUAUCGGGAAAACAUCCAAAAACUGAACUAGAUCUUAAUAUCGAAGGUUUCUUCCACAAACACAAAUUCGUUUACGUAGAAACGGAAAAUCAUGGUAAGUAUAAACGCAGUUUUCUACCCGAAGAAAUAGGACAAUUAAGUGGUCGCGUGGACGUUGAACGAAAGGAAGUCAUAUUUCAUCGUAAAAACAACGAUAUGGUAAAAUAUUUGAAAGCGAGAUAUUAUAAUACGGAACCGCAAUAUGUUAUAAACGGUACUAUUAUAAAUACACCCGAUCUCAACGCUACCGGAUUUUUCUUCUUCGACCCAGAGGAUAAAUUUACUUGGAUGAUGGUCAAUUAUACACCUGAUGCUGUACAGAGUUUAAGAAUGUACGGAAAAAUACCAGAUGCUCGAAAUGCUGUUUUCAAUAUAUGGAGAACUUACGAUGACGAUCUCAACGUGUACGACGUUUCCUUUUAUUUGAAAUUAAAUCAUUCUAGGCUAGUUACUUCCACUUUAAAGUGGAGACCCGAACUCAAACACGACAUAACAAAUACCAUAAAAACGACAAUCUUAGAAAUGUAUGAAGGUAUUAAUAAGGAUGCUGAAUACUGGAAACAAUAUAUUAAGAGUGAAAGUGUAAGUAUUAUUUCGAACGUGUGGGAGGAUGCUCAAGAAGAACUUCAAGAAUUCGUUGACGAUUGGAACGACUUGAAACAACUCGAGACGGAUUUCGAAAAUUUGAAAUUGUACCUUAACGAUUCGUACAAUGCCAAUGACUUUUAUGUAAAAGAUAUCGUUACUUUUGGUGUAUAUAUCAUAGAUGAACUAUCCUUGCGUAGUCACAUACAAUCAUUGCCAAAUAUUUUAAAUGAAAUUUGGGAAAUAAUGGGCGAAUCUGGCGAAGCUAUAAGAAACUCUUUACUCUGGAUCAUCGAAACAAUAAAAAAUGCUUAUAACAAGGUCACCGAGAUCAUAGCUGCCAUACUUAGAGGUGAUUCUAUGUCGCAAUUGGCCGAUAUAAUUGAGAAAUUAAUAGAGAAAUAUGAUAUGAUCAUCAAGGACAUUCACGUGUCCUUUAUCCAAUACGUAGAAAAUCUUUGGGAUAAUAUCUCAUCGUCGAUCUCAGAACAAUGGAAUAAAUUUUUAAAACUCAUGGAACCGUUAUUCAUUCGGCUGCUACAUUAUAUCGAAACGAUGGUCUGGAAAAUUAGCAAAGAGGUCGUUGACUUCCUUUACAACCGCAAAAACGAGAUCAUUGCUUCACCGUAUUUCGACAGAUUUACGAACUUUACUCAAGAUAUUGAUAGAUUUUACAAAGACAUCAAAGGAAAUAACAUAAUUACUAAUAUAGAGAAAUAUUCUGGCUUGGUGAUACGAUUUUUAAAAGAACGAUAUUUCGCUUUUGUACCUUUUGGUAAAGAAUUAAAGGAUGUCAUUGAUGAAAUCAUAGUCGAAUUGAAGGAAUUGAAGAAGUUACCGACCGUCCAUUAUACCUUGGAAAAAAUGCAACAAGUAUACGAUAAAAUGAACUACUUUUACAACUAUUUAGAAAUUCGAGUUAAAAUAGAAUAUCUUAUUAGAUUUGCUCACGCCAAGUUGAUCGAUAUAAGCCAGACAGCGCUCCAAGCUGAAAGUCGUUAUAGAGAAGCUAAAACAAAGUUUCUCUUUGAUCCGAAUCAAGGUUUAAUGUGUCUCGAACAAAAACUUCCGAUGUCUUGGCAUGCAUUUAAUCAAACACCUGAAUUCCAAGAAAUCCCUGAAUACAGAGCGAUCAUUGAUAUGGGAUCGUAUUUUGUAACAUCCAAUACUACGUUCUGGAGUCUUUAUUAUCAAUACAAACCGUAUACCGAACCUUCGAAUUGGCUGCCACCGUUCAAAGCACAAGCAAUGAUAAUCGGAUCACAACAUUUCAAGACAUUCGACGGACAACACUUUGAUCUCAUUGGCUCUUGCACGUAUUUGCUUGCUCGUGAUUUCGUUCGAAAUACCUUUGCUAUUCUUAUUAGAUACAAUCAAGAAUCUAAUAAAUUGACCCAUGAUAUCAUCGUUCUAAUCGACAAAAACGAGAUCGAGAUAGAUAUCUUCAACGAUGUGGUAAGAUUGAAUUCGAAUCUAUCCUCGGAAUCAAAAAGUAAUCUUCCUCUCCCGAUAGAAUUAGAGAAUGGCACGACGUAUGUGUAUCAACAGGAUAAUAUAGUAACGAUUGAACGUAAAAGAGAUCAAUUGCGAUUAGAAUGUAAUCUUAAAUUCGACUUGUGUACGUUGGAAUUAUCUGGCUGGUAUUAUGGGAAAACAGCGGGUCUUCUUGGUACGAUGAAUAACGAAAAGAUAGACGAUUCUAUUACAUCGUCGGGUAUAAUGACAAAAGAUAUAGAUCGUUUUGCUCAAAGUUGGUCUAUCGAAAAUAGUUGCACGAAAAAAGUGUAUUCUCCGAACAACACCGAAGGAACGAACGAUCACAUCUCGUCAUUUUGCAGAGAACUUUUCGUCAAUCAAACUUCGGAAUUUAGUUCAUGUUUCGUUGUUUUCGAUCCAAAGGAAUAUGCUAAAAUGUGCUUAAGCAGUACUACGGAAUCCGAGGCAUGUACAAUCGCUAUAGCGUAUAUGCAAGUCUGCGUUUUUCACAACACAUAUUUGAGAAUACCCGAUAGAUGUACAACUUGUACUAUGAUAAACGGUAGUCAACUAGCCGAGGGUGAAUUUCGAAAAUUAGAAGGCAAUACGAUACCAAAGUCAACGGACAUCGUUUUCAUCGUAGAGGCAAAAGAAUGUAAUCGUGGUAUAAGGCAAAAUCGUAGUAUCGAACAACUGGUGAAUCAGAUGAACAAAGAACUCAAGGACAAAGGACUUGUUUCGAAUCGUUGGUCACUCGUAACUUUUGGUGGUAAUGGAGUUCACGAUCAGCCAAGAAGCGUAAUUCUCGACGGUCAAGUUUUUACGAAAAAUUUAAUGCGCUUUAUCGAUUAUUUCGAUCAUGUACCAAUUAGCAAUGGUAAUCAGGAUAUAUUCGCGGCAAUUGGUUUUGCUUCACAACUCGUCUUUAGAGCCGGAGUUUCUAAGACUUUCAUUUUGUUACCAUGUUCCCAUUGCGAACCAGAAAAUCAAACGUUGGAUUAUGCCGUAGUACAUCAAGUAUUGCUAGAACACGAUAUCGUAUUACACAUAUUAAUGGACGGUGAUUUCCAAUUUGAAAAGGAGAGACUUAACAAAAUUUUUUAUGGAUUCGAUGCGAGUAAAUCUUAUACAAAGAAAGAUGCGAGAAUUUUAACGGGUGACGAAAGUUUAAGGAGGCAAGUGAAAUCGAUGAAAAAUGUCCUAGGUUAUUGCACACCACUUUCCUUAGAGACUAAUGGAACUAUAUUCAGUGGAGAUAAAUUACGUUUUGAUAAGCUCGUUUCGAUAAAAAAAUUUGUUACCGUAUUUUCUAAGAGGAUAGCGCACACCGCUCUUCCACGAUCGUGUCAGCACUGCGAAUGCACGGCCGAUAAUAAUGGGAUCACUAAAACAGAAUGUAUGCCCUGCGUAUACCCAACACCUGUUACAGUGGAUUACGAAACUUUUAACGUAAAUGAAACAUUAUCAGCUAUGCAGCCGUUAGAUAUAGAUUACGGUCAGAUCGAUAUCGAGGAUGACUGAAGAAAUGUGAAGUGAAAAUUCAAAUAAAUUAAGUAAAGCUUAUUCUCUAAAUAAUAUGAGAUAGAUAACAUUUUGUAUGUAAUUAUAUUUAUUCGUAACAUUGUAAAAACAAGAAAAGUUUAUUAUAAUAAAUGUAUACUUACCUUUGA